AUGGUGCGGGUUUGCGGGCCGGUGAGCGAGGGCACCGUGUGGGUGGUCUCCAGCCGCGUUGUCGAGGAUCGCUAUCGAAUUCAGAUUUCCUUGUUGGAUACGCGGAGCGGCGAGGUGGCUUGGACGCUGCGCGCGCCCUCGCGCACGGCGGAGCUCACGCAGGUGAAAAAUAUCAGCAUGGACGCCUCCCGCUCGUAUUUGUUGGUGGUUUUCUGGAAUUGCACCUUCGAGGUGUGGAAUACGGAGACGCGGCGGCUGAUUCGGGCCCACGCGGAGUUUGGCGUGGGGGAUGUUUCCUGGGCCCCGGCGCGCAUGCGGGGCUGCCUGGACGAUCUUCAAGGGGCUCCUCAACUUCUUUUGGUGAUUUUUGUCGAGGGCACGCUCUCGCUUUGGUCGGUCUACCACGAUCGCGUCGUCGACGACGGCCCUGCCAACGCCGUCUUCAACCUCCCACCGGCCGGCAUCAACCGCACCGUGCAGUCCCUCGCGGUCGGUUCUCGGAUGCUCCUGUUCAACAGCAAAGGCAGCGGCUUUGUCUUGUACUCCAACGGGGGGACGUUGGCUAAAUUUUCACUGAAGGACGUCCCGCCUAAUCUCGGCCCGGUACGCGGUCUAUCCGCGGCCUCUUUGGAUGUGGAUCCUAUGAAUCCUUCGGUUCUUACGCCGAAUAAAUCGUCAAAAGAGGACCAAGACGAGGGGAAGGAGGAGGAGGAACCCUUUCUUAGCCUCGCGGCGGUGGUUUUUGACGAUCAUUCGUUUGGCGUGUGGGAUACGGCGACCGGGGAGCGCGUUGGCUACUCCGUUAAUUUGUCAUCGGGCGUGUUGAUAUCGGCGAUUUCGAUUUGUUGGAUCGGCAGGGAGAACAUCGCGGUUUUGGGUGUCGACGGCGCGAUUUAUAUCCUGCACUACACUCUCCGUACGGUAAACAGCAAAUUCAGUUCACGGGCCUUACGUCGGCCCCUGGAGAAUAUGGCCUUUCUUCCAUCAUCUCACAGGAUUUAUUUGCAGUCUUCUAUCGAACUCGCCAGUAUGGUGGAUCUUUCCAACUCCCUUUCAACUCUACGCACCACAGCCGAAAAGUGGGAAUUAUUUUCCUCCGCCGCUUUAUCUUCACCACUUCUGAGGGCCCAUGCCGAGGAUAAAACUCAACCCCUGGCGAGUUCCAUGAUAUUGAAUAUUCCACCUGAAUAUCGACCCUAUCGAGGACCUUUCGGGCAAAUCAUCGGCCCCGCGAUUUCCUCCCUCGACGAGGAGCUUCGCCUUUAUCAGCAAACAAUGGUCCCUUCUUAUUUGCAAAGGAAUAUUCUCCACGCGUAUGGCAAGCGGCGGUGGGUGGACUUUUUUUACUGGAGUGCAAGGCUGUUCGGGCAGGUCGAAAAGCAGCGGUUUUGGCUUCAGGCGAGGCUUUUGGCGACCCCGGUUAAAGGCCGCGGGCCCAUUCGCCGCCGGGCUGCCUCGGGCCCCCCAUCCCCCCUUUCCCCGGAUGCCGAAGUGGGCUUUUUGAAGGAAACGACAUCCUUAUAUCGGCCUUAUUUCUUAGCCGAUGACCUCACGCCCUACUUGAGUGAUAGUAGGGUGCUGCGGUGGAAUCAUCUUGCGCGGGUGGAGGCCCGGCGGAGGGCCUUCGAGGGCCGGAAAGGCGGCGCGGAGGACGUUUCGGGGGUUCUCUCCCUCGCGCAGGAGUUUCUGGCGCUUCAUCAACCCGCGAAGGCGGUCGAUGUGCUUCUGAACGGCCACCGCGAGGGCGCGAACUUCAACGAGCUCUCCACCCUCGCCCUGAGCAUCGCCGCGGUGAGUCCGGCGGGCGGGAUGGGGGAAUCGGGGGCGCGCGCGCCGUGGCCGAGCCCCCAAACCACUCAAAAAUCCGACCCCACGACGAGUUUUUUCUACAUUUCGGUGAAGCGCGCCGCCGCGAUUCACCUCGCGCGCGGGGAAGUCGAGGCGGCGGUGGAAAAAUACCUCCUCGCCGGGGACCCCCGCGAGGCCUCUCGGGUUCUUCAAUUUCAAGGCCGCUGGCAUGAGGCCGCGGCGCUAAUUAAACAAUUCACCAGCGACGACGACGACGAUUUUCACCCCGAUGACAAGGCGGAGGCGGUGCGGGAUAUUUUAGGCCGUUGGGGCCUGCAAUGUUUGAACGUCGGGGAGCGGAUGGAGGCGGCGCGGAUUUUUCUCCAUAUUCGUGACCCCAAACGCGCCCUCGAAGCGCUUUCGGGGUCGGCGAAUUAUCUAGAUAUCGCAGGCGCGCUCGCGAUGGCGUUAUGGCUGGAAUACGGCUUUUCGGAAACGAUGGAGGCGACGCCACAGUCCGACAAAAUGGCCCCAAAAGAUGCAGAAAAUACCGAGGGAUGGAGUUUUUUUGGAUUGGAUGGCGCGAUUGUGGAGGCGAUGAUUAUGGCUCUUGCGGAUUACAGCAGCCUUUUGAGCUCCGUAGGCAACGUAUCGGGGGAAGGUUUGAUACUGAAAAAGCUUGCUUUUCUUAAAAUGUCUAAGAAAGGCUCACCAAACGAAAUGUCUUAG